AUGACGACCAAAAAGCCCAACAUCCUCUACAUCAUGGCCGACCAGAUGGCCGCGCCCUUGCUAUCACUGCAUGACAAGAACUCCCCUAUUAAAACCCCCAAUCUGGACCGUUUGGCCGAAGGCGGCGUGGUCUUCGACUCGGCCUACUGUAACUCACCACUGUGUGCUCCUUCGCGCUUUGUCAUGGUCAGCGGGCAGCUUCCUUCUAAGAUCGGAGCUUAUGACAAUGCAGCGGACUUACCCGCUGAUACCCCCACAUACGCCCACUACCUCCGUCGCGAAGGCUACCACACUGCCUUAGCUGGCAAGAUGCAUUUCUGUGGCCCGGACCAGCUUCAUGGCUACGAACAGCGUCUCACGAGUGAUAUAUACCCCGGUGAUUACGGUUGGUCCGUCAAUUGGGAUGAGCCUGACAUCCGUGCCGAUUGGUAUCACAACAUGUCUUCCGUCAUGGAGGCAGGCCCUGUCGUGCGCACCAACCAAUUAGAUUUCGACGAGGAGGUUAUCUAUAAGUCAACUCAAUACCUGUACGACCAUGUCCGACAGCGUAACGAACAGCCCUUCUGUUUGACUGUUUCCAUGACACACCCUCACGACCCAUAUGCUAUGACUAAGGAGUUCUGGGAUCUGUACAAUGACGUCGAGAUCCCGCUCCCCAAGAAUGGAGCGAUCCCCCACGACCAGCAGGAUGCGCAUUCUCAGCGCGUGCUGAAAUGUAUCGACUUGUUCAAUAAGGAAAUGCCCGACGAUCGUAUCCGUGCGGCCCGCCGCGCGUACUACGCUGCUUGCACAUAUGUCGAUACCAACGUCGGAAAGCUUCUCCGUGUCCUGGAAAACACCGGUCUGGCCGAUGACACUAUCAUCGUUUUCACCGGUGACCACGGUGACAUGCUUGGUGAGCGCGGUCUCUGGUACAAAAUGACCUGGUUCGAGAACUCAGCUCGUGUUCCAUUCCUGGUGCACUCGCCUAAGCGCUUCACUCCCAAACGCGUAUCGGAGAAUGUCUCCACUAUGGAUCUCCUCCCUACAUUCGCCGAACUAGCAGGUGCCAAGCUUAUCCCCGAGCUACCCCUCGAUGGGGUCUCCCUGAUGCCAUACCUGACCGGUGGCGAGGGUCUCCGUACUGAUACCGUCUAUGGUGAGUACAUGGGAGAAGGCACCCAAGCUCCUCUCAUGAUGAUUCGCCGCGGCCGCUGGAAGUUCAUCACUUCCGUCAUCGACCCGCCCAUGCUCUAUGAUCUUGUCAACGACCCAGAAGAAAAGAUCAACCUGGCAGCCGGCCUUCCCGUUCCCUCCAAAACAGGAACAGAAAAACCAACUUCCCUUUCAGCCACCGACCUCCCAACACCAAACGAGACCCCUCGCGCCUCACCCAUCCCCCAGCGCGCAGCAGCCAAUACCGACUACCCUUUCCCAUCGCCCACACCCCCACGAACCCCCACCCCCACAAAGCUCCCUCCAGCCCUCCCCAACACAACCGACCCCGCUAAGAUCCUCGCAUUCUUCAUCGAAGAGACAAACAACCGCUGGAACCUCGAGCAAAUCCGCCAGGACGUCCUGCGCUCCCAGCGCCGCCGUCGCCUGGUCUACUCCGCCUUGAUCCAGGGCACGCCUGAUGUCUGGGACUAUGAGCCACGCGUAGACCCAAGCACACAGUACGUGCGCAACCAGGGCAGGGGUGCCCUCGAUGACGUGGAGAUGAUUUCUCGCUGGCCGCGUGUUCUCCAGCAGGCUGCUAAUGCCAACGGUGUGCAUGUUUAA